GGAGCCCCCCUGUGCUCCUUGUGCGCGCGCUCCGGAGAUCAGGUGGUGAGAUGUAGCCCGAACUUAACGCAGGGAGGACAGGGGGAGGACGGCGAUGGGAGAGGAAGCGCGAGGGAUGUCGACGAUCGCGCCACAGAGGUAGAGAAAACCGCAGCAAUGAGCUCAUCUUUCACUAAAUCUGAUUCCACCACAUCCCUGCUCAAAACAUCCACAGCGAAGAGACCGACACACAUCCCGCCGGAGAACCGAAGAAGUCUGCCUCAGCAUCCGCACCACCACAGACACCGUCCCGCCGCGCUCCACAGCAGCAGCCCAACCGAGCAGGAGUCCCACUGGCCCGCAGAGGGGGACAUCACAGCCCGGAGACCCCUUUGUCACCCCUCGCUGACUGAGACUCGGGACAACCACGUUCAAAACAAGUCCCGCCACAAUCACGCUCCGGACACGCAGGAGCCCAUGGGUGGCGAGUCUGACGUAAAAGAGCGCUCCAGGUCUCACCGUCACCAUCACCACCAUCAUCACCACCAUCAUCACCGCAGGAAGCAUCACAGAGCACCCCUGGAUGACCCGCCUCAUCCCGCAUCACCUGAACAACAACAGCCCGAACCCUCGCGCCGCUGUCACACGCACGCCCCGCGCCAUGUGCCCCGAGAACUAUCAUUGUCUGACUGCCACGACGACAGGGCUCCCCUUUUUGAGCCCGUAGACCGCAAAAGAAACACUGUGAUGAUGAACGGGGCCCGGGGAGGAGAGCACGGGGUCAGCAGCUCCUCCCCAUCCUCGUGUUCCCCGGUGCCACUGUCCAGCAGGUCAUCCCGUGGCUCCAGGAGAUCCAGCGGUGCCUCGCUCGUGUCCGAUUGCCAAUUACGCACCAUCCUGAGCUCACUUUUUGGACAGGACAGAGAGCUGAGGCCAGAAGAAGUAGAGGAGUUAAGAGAUGCUUUUAAAGAGUUUGACAAAGAUAAGGAUGGAUUUAUCAGCUGUAAAGAUUUGGGCAACUGCAUGAGGACGAUGGGAUACAUGCCCACAGAAAUGGAGCUUAUUGAACUGAGCCAACAGAUAAACAUGAACUUGGGAGGUCAUGUUGAUUUUGAAGAUUUUGUUGAGCUGAUGGGUCCCAAACUCCUUGCUGAAACAGCAGAUAUGAUUGGAAUAAAAGAAUUAAAAGAUGCCUUCAGAGAGUUUGACACAAAUGGAGAUGGUGCAAUAAGCCCUGCUGAGCUCCGGGACGCAAUGAGAAAACUCUUAGGGCAGCAGGUCGGCCUAAAAGAGGCUGAAGAUAUUCUAAGAGACGUGGAUUUAAAUGGUGAUGGACUUGUGGAUUUUGAAGAGUUUGUCCGAAUGAUGUCGCGCUAGCAUCACAAAGACACUAGGGGUUUUGAAUGUGAGGUUAACUAUACUUGACAAGGACCAACAGAGAAUACAGUCAAGUCUCUGAGCCAAUGAAGUAACACUGGAAAUGAAUUCUCACAGUUUUAUAGAACAAGAAAUCACCUCACCCAAAAAAGUGUUCUUCCUGAAACAAUUUGAGUUCAGCCAAGGCUGAACUUCCUGUAGCCGAUGAUUGUCCAUCUUAUGUUUUUUGCACUUUAUUCCCCACUUAAUAACUUCCUGUUGGAUAGGUUGUUGGUCAGUGUCCUGUCACUCUAACACAAGUAGAAUUGUCAGAAAGUGAAUGUAGAUUUAUGUAGAUAAAAGAAGUGCACUGUUAUACAUUUGACCAAGGAGUCACACAGUAGUGCAUUAUCUGCAUGUUUUUAUGUGCUGUAUUGGUGCUCCACUGAGAACCAUGAGGUAAAUGUGUGUCCAUUUGUAAGACUUCACUGUGCAGGUCUUGUCUAUGAUGUAAUCACUGUCUGGUACGUCUGUGGGGAUUCCCAGUCAUCCAGGUCACAAGGCUGUGCCUAAUUAAUGAGCCAAGCUAAUGAAAUCUUAAUAAAAAAAGGUAAGGUACAUUUAAAUGAGGAACAAGCUGUAUUCCUCAGUGCACACAUCUCUGAAAGAUGGCUAUAUGCACAUAGUGGUUUUCAAACUUUUCACAUUACCAAUUGUGGAUAACUGGCUUUCCAGGUGAGUGAAACCAAAAUUUGAAGUUAAGUUAAAAAGAGCAAAAAGAAAAUGCUGGAUGACACUAAGCAGGGCCGUCAACAGAAUUACGAGGGCUCGGGGAAAGAAGGCUUAGAUGGGGCCCUGCUUGUCAGCUGCACUCUAAGUGAACUCCAGAUUUGUUAUAAGCCUACCCUCAGCGCUAUACAACUAGUGAGUUUUAGAAACACUGUCAUACACAAUUGCCCAAUAGCCGGAAGCCAUUAGGGUUGAUUUGUUUGAUUUGAUCUGCUGUUUGCUUUUGAAAAUAUAUGGCACAAAGUGAAUGUAAAGUCUAUGUUGUCAAUGUGAAACAGCAGAAACAAUGUACAUUUCUUACAACACUUAAUGUUUUAUGGUAUAUGUAGACCUAUGUUUGUUAUUGUCAGUGGUUAUAGUGGCUAUAUGCCACUUUUGUCUUGUCAAGAAUUAUUAUGCAUGCCAAAGAGAUACUUUUACCAACUUGUAUGCACAUUUUCUUUUCAUAAAUAUUUGCCAACAUGACUGUAGAAGAUUAAAAGAUGUUUACAUGGCAC